CCCACCCCACAGAAACACAUUUCCACUACCUAAAAGCAGGAAGUACAUGACUUGAUCAUCCAUCUAAACCACAUGCAGCAGAAACAGAAAAACAAAAGCAUUAAAACUCUUCGCGUUCACGCCGAUGUCGACUGUCUGAUGUACUACUGAAAAGAGCCGUGAGACCGGACAUCUACAGACCGCACAGUGGAUGUAUUUGGGCAGACAGGUACGGAACAUGGGGCAGCACCUUGGAAAACGUGAGCCACUCUCUGUUUCCAAGGGGUCUUCAACAGGAUCUGAACACAUCAUGGCGGACUCUCCUGCAGAAUCUCAAGAUGAGGUGUUUGGACUGGGCGAGGCAGACAUGAACCAGAACAAUGGUUGCUCCAGCAAGAGUGCAGUGGUGACUGACUCCAUGAACACUGAAGUACAUCACAGCAGCUGGACGCAGCCGAGCCCGGAUGACCCGAAUGCCUCUGGGCCCCGCCCACACUUGGUCCGCCUCUUCUCUCGAGAUGCCCCAGGUCGCGAGGACAACACCUUCAAAGACCGCCCCUCGGAGUCCGACGAGCUGCAGACCAUCCAGGAGCACGGAGGAGCAGGCUCAGAGUGCGGUUCCGAGUGUGCUGAACAGGACCCCGAGUAG